AAGUUAAUUAAGAAAAAUAAAAAAUAUUGUAUUUGUUUAUUACAUAUUACCUGUUUAAAAACAAAUUAAAAAUGAGCCUAAACGAUUUUAAAUUUGAUUUCAAAACAAUGAAACAAGAUUUACUUAAAGCUAUUCAUGAAUGUUCAGAAAGAGGCUUAUUUCAAAGUGUUAAGUGGUUGUCAGAAUUAAAUUUUGCAUUAAGUGAUGUGAAUGUUACGGCAGAAGAGAUAUCUCUUAUUCAAGAAGACCCAUGCAGUGAACAAGCUGAAUAUCUUAUAGCAAAGUCCUACUUUAAUAUUAAGGAAUAUGAUAGAUGUGCUCAUUUUGUUAGGAAUUGUUCAUCAUCAAAGCCCAGGUUUUUGUACCUGUACGCUAGAUAUUUAUCAAUAGAAAAGAAAAAACUUGAUGAUAUGACUGAUGUAAAUUGUCCACCAGAUCCUACACAAAAUGAUGCAUUAAAGGAGUUAUGUUCCGAGUUCAAAAAUGAUUUUUAUGAUAAUAAACUGGAUGGUUAUUGUACUUAUUUGUAUGGCAUAGUAUUAAAGAAACUUGAUUUGAAAUCUUUGGCUAUUGAUAUUUUUAUAAAAUCUAUUCAGCAAGAGCCGCUAAUAUGGGGAGCAUGGUAUGAAUUAGGCAAAUUGAUUAAUGAAAAAAAUGUAAAUCCUUAUAAUCAACUACCAGAUCAUUGGAUGAAGUUUUUCUUUAUAGCGCAUACAAAUUUAGAACAAUUAAACAAUAAAGAGGCAUUGGAUAUGUAUGAACAUUUAUAUUCCAUAGGAUUAGAAAAUAGUACCUAUAUUAUGUCUCAAAUAGCAUUGGCACAUCAUAACACGAGAAAAUUAGAUGAAGCCAUUGGUAUGUUCAAGAAAAUAUUAGAAUUUGAUCCUUAUCGUUUGGACAAUUUAGAUAUAUAUUCGAAUUUGCUGUAUGUUCUUGAGAAAAAGACUGACUUAGCCGAUCUAGCUCAUAAAGUAGCUAGCACAGAUAAAUAUAGGGUGGAAACAUGUUGUGUUAUUGGUAACUAUUACAGUUUAAGAUCAGAUCAUGCCAAAGCCGUUCUGUAUUUUAAAAGGGCCCUUAAAUUAAAUCCUGGGUUCUUAUCAGCUUGGACCCUGAUGGGUCAUGAGUAUAUGGAAAUGAAAAAUACUAACGCUGCAAUACAGAGUUACAGAUAUGCUGUUGAGGUAAAUUCGCGAGAUUACAGGGCUUGGUAUGGCCUGGGACAAACGUACGAAAUUCUAAAAAUGCCGUUUUAUUGCUUGUAUUAUUAUAAGCAAGCUCAACAGUUGAAACCGAAUGACAGCAGGAUGAUUAUUGCCCUUGGAGAAACGUACGAAAGACUGGACAGGACUGAAAACGCCCUAAAAUGUUAUUAUAAAGCUUGUACUAUGGGUGAUAUCGAAGGUUCAGCGUUGACAAAAUUAGCAAAGUUAUAUGAUAAGUUGAAUGAAACAGAUAAUGCGGCAGCGGUCUUUAUCGAAUACUGCCUAAGAGAAGAGGACAGAGAAGAUAAAAUUCCGGAAGACCAAAUAGAAUACUAUAACGCUCUUCAGUAUCUUGCUAAUUAUUACCUAAGGAAAGGAGAAUUGGACGAUGCUAAUACCUAUGCUUACAAAUGCAUGGAAUGCGAAGAGACAAAGGAACAAGGAAAGGCCCUCUUGAAAGCAAUCGCGGCAAAAAGGAUUGAGCAAGAUGAUGACCAUAAUGGCGGCGAAGUGAGUAUGUCCAUUGUGCAAGAGGAAUCUUUUUCCCCAUCGAAUACAAGCUUGUAAAUUAUUAAAUAUUUUUUAAAAUAUUUAAUAUUUUUUUUAUUAAAGAAGUUAAGUAAAUUU